AUGGAGGAGGCGCUGCUCUCCACCCCCAUCAACCCCAACAACUUCCCCGCCAAACUGUGGCGGCUGGUGAACAGCCCCCCCUCACAAAAAGAGGUAAAGGGCGCGGCGGGGCCCGGGCCGGGGCCUGGGGGCGGCGGGCCGGCAGGCGACGGGCCCCUCCAUCACUUCCACAGUCCACACUUCCGCCGCGACCAGCCGCACCUGCUCGUGCACCUCAAAAGGCUCACCAGCGCCAACAAGGCCAAACUGGCGGCCGGCCUGGAGGUUCCCUGCCGGCCGCCCAACCGCUUCCAGAGGCUCCUCAUCACGUCGGCCUCGGCCUCGGCCUCGGCCUCAGCCUCGGCCUCAGCCUCGGCCGCCACCCCCCCGCUGCCACAUCAGGAGCCGCCGCCGCCGCCGCCACCCGCGGGGUCCCGGCCCGAGUCGCACGGACCAGUGGCUGUAGGACAAUUCCACCGGUCGUUCCGGCGAGAUAGUUUGUCUCCUUACUCCUACGUGUCAGCUUCAUCCCACAACCACGGUACUUUCCCUCUGAAAGGUUUAGAUCGGACCCCGAUUCCUCCUAGAACAUGGCAGAACUCUCUUGGAAUGCACCCAGGACAAGUGGAAACGUCUCCCACUUUUUCAGAUAAAGGGGUUCCAUUUCCUGUACUACAGAGGUUUCCAACUGAGGUUACAUAUACCCUGCAGCCCAGUGCCACAUCCGUACAUGUUCAACAAGGUCCUCAAACAAUGAUCAGCUCCUCCCAAAAAUAUAGUAACUACACACCCUCAGCGCAGUACUCCCAAGCCUACUAUCCAACAGCUGUGCUGCAGUGCUGCUCUCCUACCCACAUGGAUGCGCUCAGUAGCUGUGUGACUCCCACUGCCCCUUCCUAUGCACACUGCAACUACUUCCAGAAUCCUCCAGUGCAAUCUUCCUAUCCAGUUGAAUUUCUGCCUUCUAAUUGGCCUUGCAGUGCUACUGAUGAAAAUAAAAAGACAGAAGUAAACCUAGAGGCUAUUUUUCAGAUAGUAGAUGAGUUGCAUUCCUCCCCUAAAUUGGAGAUGGUAAAGGUGGAGCCUGUUGAGAAUCAGUGCUCAACAUCUCAGUCUAACAGAGGCCAACAUAUCCUAGCUAAUUCAAACAACAGCAAUCCAUCUUCCACAAGUCAGGCUAGCCAGCUGGAGCCACUUACUGCUGUAGGCUCAGAUAUUACAUCUUUUGUGGCUGGAACAGAACAAGCAAUUACCUGCUCUCUACCACAGUCACCUGAGUACAACUACACCAUCCACACAGCUCAGCCUGUUGAAAACACUACAAUGCAGGAGUCUGCAGCCAGCCAGCAAGCUCACAUCAAACCGAAGGAGCAGCUAAGUCAUAAUCCAUCUCCGUCUUCAGUAGUAUUUGUGCAGGAAGGGCUACCGUUCAGCACACACCAGGUGGAUGCCAGUAUAAAAUGCCAGAUCAAAACACCUGAGAAUAUCUUGCCUUCAGAACAGAUGGGAUUCCUUAUUUCAGAAAUGGGGCCUGCUAGCAAGCCUAAUAAAGACACAGGUUUAUCCACUCCAGCCAGAUACAGAGAGCGAGGAAGCAACUCACAGCAAGGAACGUCCCCUGAUCUUCAUCUGCUGGUGGAUGUGGCCUGCAAGCAGGAGCACUUUCCCCAGGAGGAAGAAUGAAAAGAGUGA